AUAUGUUUGUGUGAUAUUUUUGAAAAGCUAUGACAAGUUUUCAUAUUCGAUUGAUCUCUGACAAAAAAGUGGUCCUCGUGGACGCUUCACAUCACGAGUCGGAGAUUUUUGUACCACAGAUGCACCAAACUGGCAUCGUGCUGUGGAACAUAAUACGGAAUCGUCGGCCGAAUCCAAAGCUCGAGUUUUGUGACGAGUCGACCCAUGGUCAAGACAAUGGUCAGGUCGUCCAGCGCCCACAGAUGCAGGCACGGAUUACAACGGCGACGGCUGGUCUGGCACCCUGGGCGGCGUCCAUCGAUGGCGGUGCAUUCAGAAGAGUUGCGGACGAAGGUGUGCGGUGUCCACAGUUUUCCCUCAAGCUCAUCUCAAAUGGCAGCGUGGUGCUCGUGGAAUGUAAUGUCCACGAAUCGGAGAUAUUUCUACCGCAGGUUUGCGGUCAGUACAUAACCAUGAAACGCAUCACCGCCCAUGAACUUGUACUGCCAUCCAAACCGAAGAUGCCUGCCAUCCAACCAGCUAAAACCGACUGUCUACGAGUUCAAGCGACCCGCUUCUUCUCGAAAACUACCAACUUGGAUAUUCAGGCAAGAAAACGUAGAAAGCGCAAAAGUCAGGAGCAAACCAAUCACUCUGGAGCUGGGGAUCAACCGAAGUCGAAGUCCCUGAAACGAUAGCAAUCUUGAAUCGAAACUCCUUGUCUAAAUUAUAUUACUUUAUGUGUAUGUCAGUCGAAAAUAAAUUGGUUCCAAUUACCAUGCACCUG